AUGGCCAACGAAUUAUCGAAGACCGACCAAAAACCGGUCAGCGGAUUCUAUAUGUUCCGUCGAGCAGUCCUCCGCGGAUUGGCCAUCGCCGCACCUCCACUGCUCACGAUUGUGAUCUUCAUCUGGAUCUUCUCAACGAUUCAGAACUACAUCCUUUCCCCGAUCGAAUCGACCGCUCGCACGACGAUUGCCUGGGCCAUUGAAGAUGUCCAUCGCGAUUUUCCCAACGUUGCUCCUGAAGCCACCAGUGCGGUCCACGAUUCCGAAAUCUACCGAAAAACGGCCAAUGGACAGUGGGUGCCCGGCAAAAUCUAUGAAUACGUCUAUAACCACCUGGGCGAUCAGCCAAUGCCGGCAUCCGGGUAUGGAAUUUACGAGCAAUACGUUCAACAGCGAUGGCUGCAGCGCAAGUUCACGAUCCCAUUGCUUCUAAGCAUCUGUGUUCUUGCUUUGUAUUUCACCGGAAAAUUUCUUGCAGGCGGUUUGGGCCGUAUGCUUUGGAAUGCAUCCGAACGGCAGAUCAUGCAACGUCUGCCGAUCAUCCGAAAUGUUUACGGUUCGGUGAAACAG